AUGAUCAACUCUCCAACCAUAUGCCAGAUCAUUGUGAGCCAAGCCUUAGAGCCCAUUCGGUCCGUGAACCCAGAAGCCACUAUCAUCCAAUAUAUGGAUGACAUCCUUGUUGCAGCGCCGACGUCAGACCAUGUGGACAAUCUUGUGUCAGCCACCUCUACUGCAGCAGUGGUAUGGCAGACACAAGAACGAUGGCAAUGCAUAAAAAUGAGAGACAAGUCGCUGUCUGUCCAACUCCUGGAAGCCUCUGCUGUGGUAUUGGCAUGCGGAUUGUUCCCAUCAGAGCACCUUAACAUCGUAACAGACUCCAUGUUCGUCGCCAGGCUCUGUCAGGCGAUGUCUGGACCAGGCAUUUCAGCAUCCUCUGCCGCUGCCAUGAUAGAAGAAGCACUUUUCUCACGCCAAGGCACCAUAUCUAUGAUACAUGUCAACAGCCAUAACCCCGUUAGGGGAUUUUUUCAAAUCGGCAAUGACAAGGCUGAUGCUGCAGCGAAAGGGCUUUGGACUUUACAAGAUGCGCGACAACUAUAUGAGUCACUCCAUGUUGGAGCCAAGGCACUGGUCAAGAAAUGCAACAUCUCAAUAGCAGACGCCAGGCACAUAGUGGCUACUUGUCCUCAUUGUCAGAAAGCACCCUUGUGGUCUAGUGGGAUCAAUCCCAGAGGCCUCAAGGCCUCCGAGAUCUGGCAAACAGAUUUUACCCUCUGCCAAAUAUUGAAGCCUCGAGCUUGGCUCGCUGUAACAGUAGACACAUACAGCGGCAUGAUCGUUGCAACUCAACAUGCAAAGACAAGUUCCAAGGCAACGAUUCAGCAUUGGCUAACGGCUAUGGCAUGGCUUGGCAUUCCAAAACAAAUCAAAACAGACAAUGGCACAAACUUUAUUGCCAGGUCAACUCAAGAGUUCGCAACUAAGUGGAACAUCACCCUAAAACAGGGCAUUCUGUACAACAGCACGGGUCAAGCCAUCGUGGAAAGAGCAAACCAAACUUUGAAAUCUAAGUUAGAAACCUUAGCCAAAGCAGAAGGGUUUACCAAUAACAUCCCUCCGCCAGAACAACCACGCUUGCUAGCCACCACCAUGCUAGAGUUGAACCAGUUCCCCAGGGGAGAUCAAGCACAAUCCCCUUCCCAAAAGCAUUGGGCCACCGAAGCACUGAAAGAAGGCCCACCAGUUAAAAUUAGAAAUGAAUUGGGAGAUUGGGAAUCAGGGUGGAAAUUGGUCCUGACAGGUCGAGGCCUGCCUCACAUUGGACAGGGAGAACUGGAUGUGCGUCCUUACCAGCCGUGCACCUGGACACUUCGCAAUCCCUUGGACGGCAGAGUAAUUGCCCAAACUGUGUCUAAUGCCCCUAGCUUCAUUGUUCACAUUAGUGAUAUAUUUAACACCGAUGGAAUAGGAAUUGACCCUAGUCAGGGAAAAUCUUUUGCCUACAUUAAUUGGGGAACAUACUGGUGUCCUAGUGUCAACCCCGGUAAAAGCUAUUGCACCUAUCCUGGAUAUGGGUUUUGUGGGUAUUGGGGUUGUGAAACCAUCGUCACCAGUAACCAGUGGACACCAGCUAGGAGAGAUAGUUUCCUAGACGUGGGUUUUUGGCCCAAAGGCUGCAAGCGGCCCAUGUUUGGAAAGAGCGGUAUGAUCACUGCUAAAGGAAGCUGUUCCCACCUAAAUGUAACAGUCCUGCAACCUCAAGACAUCAACUGGGCGUUAGGACGAAAGUGGUCAGUAUUCCUUCAUAGUUGGGAUACAGAUCCGAACAAGAUCGUUCAAAUUAUCAGAGCUUCACCACCGCACCACACCACUCUCGGACCCAACAGAGUUGUAGCCCAACAAUACAAUCACAUAAACAGCAAUCCCACGCCUAGCCUCACUAGUGCCACAUCAGCACUUAAUGGCGCGCUCAAACUGAUGUCUCAUGCCCUCUUUCAUCGCAUGCUAAAUGCCACAUUUCUAUCACUAAAUGCAACAAAGCCAGACCUUACCUGUUCUUGUUGGCUUUGCUAUGAUGCCUACCUGCCCUUUUACGAAGGGGUAGCCCUUAAUGCCAUGUUCAGCUACUCCAGAGCAAAUGACCCCAAGCGAUGCUUGUGGAACACCCCUCGCAAAGGAAUCACACUAGAGCAAGUUUCGGGCAAAGGCGUUUGCAUAGGCAACAGAUAG